ACAGAAACCGCCUUCGCAUAUCGAUAGCAGUCUUGUUUUGGUUUUCCACGAGCGCGUGUUUUCCGGUUAACUUCGUAGUUAUUAAUUAAAAUCAGAUCAGGAUGUCGCUAAUUACCCGUUUGCUGACCGGGAACAACACCCUACGCCUCCGGGCAUUGAAAUCACUGGGAAAGGCCGGCUACAGUUCGCAUGCGAAGUUUUCGGAGCACAAGCCCAUCGAGAGGAUCCGGAACAUAGGAAUCUCGGCGCAUAUUGACAGUGGAAAGACGACCUUGACGGAGAGGAUUCUGUUCUACACCGGCAGGAUUGCGGAGAUGCACGAGGUGCGAGGAAAGGAUAACGUGGGUGCCACCAUGGACAGCAUGGAGCUGGAAAGGCAGCGGGGCAUUACCAUUCAAUCGGCAGCCACGUACACACUGUGGAAGGACACCAAUAUCAAUAUUAUCGAUACACCCGGGCAUGUGGACUUCACCGUGGAGGUGGAGCGCGCACUCCGAGUUCUCGAUGGUGCCGUUCUGGUCUUGUGCGCCGUGGGAGGAGUCCAGAGUCAGACCCUGACGGUUAACCGGCAGAUGAAGCGCUACAAUGUGCCCUGCCUGGCUUUCAUCAACAAACUGGAUCGCUUGGGGUCGAACCCGUACAGAGUUCUAUCCCAGAUGAGGUCAAAAAUGAACCACAACGCUGCUUUCAUUCAGCUGCCCAUUGGAGUGGAGAGCAAUUGCAAGGGCAUCGUGGAUUUGGUGCGGGAAAAAGCCAUAUACUUUGAGGGCGAGCACGGAAUGGACAUCAGGCUGGACGAAAUUCCACAGGAUAUGCGGGUAGAGAGCCUGGAGAGAAGACAGGAGCUUAUCGAACACUUGUCAAAUGCAGACGAAACGCUUGGAGAACUUUUCCUGGAAGAGAAGCCCUUUACAGAAGACGAUAUUAAGGCGGCCUUAAGGAGAACCUGCAUCAAUAGAACCUUCACACCUGUCUUGGUGGGCACAGCACUGAAGAACAAAGGUGUCCAGCCAUUGCUAGAUGCAGUACUUGACUACCUGCCCAAUCCUGGAGAGGUAGAGAACCUGGGCUUCAUCGAGAAGGAAGGACAAGACCCAGAAAAAGUAGUCUUAAAUCCCGCCCGCGAUGGCAAGGAUCCCUUUGUUGGCUUGGCGUUCAAGCUGGAAGCUGGUCGCUUUGGCCAACUAACCUACCUCAGAUGCUACCAAGGUGUCCUACGGAAGGGUGACAACAUCUUCAAUGCCCGCACCAACAAGAAAGUGAGAAUUGCUCGCUUGGUUCGAUUGCACUCAAAUCAAAUGGAGGAUGUAAACGAGGUGUAUGCCGGCGAUAUAUUUGCGCUUUUCGGAGUUGAUUGCGCCUCCGGAGACACUUUCACCACCAAUCCCAAGAACAAUCUGUCUAUGGAAUCCAUCUUUGUACCCGAGCCCGUGGUCUCAAUGGCCAUUAAGCCAAAUAAUACCAAGGAUAGGGAUAAUUUCUCGAAGGCUAUUGCGAGAUUCACCAAAGAGGAUCCCACAUUCCACUUCUUUUUCGACAACGAUGUAAAGGAAACUCUUGUCUCGGGAAUGGGUGAACUGCAUUUGGAGAUCUAUGCCCAGAGAAUGGAGAGGGAAUACGGUUGCCCAGUGACGCUGGGAAAGCCAAAAGUAGCAUUUAGGGAAACCCUGGUGGGACCGUGUGAGUUUGAUUACCUGCACAAGAAACAAUCGGGAGGAUCGGGUCAAUAUGCCAGGAUUAUUGGAGUCAUGGAACCACUACCGCCGAACCAAAACACCCUGCUGGAAUUCGUGGACGAAACAGUGGGCACCAAUGUACCAAAACAAUUUGUUCCUGGAGUCGAAAAGGGUUACAGAGAAAUGGCUGAGAAGGGAAUGCUCUCCGGUCACAAGUUGUCCGGCAUUCGAUUCCGCCUGCAAGAUGGUGGUCACCACAUCGUGGACUCCAGCGAGCUCGCCUUCAUGUUGGCUGCCCAUGGUGCCAUCAAAGAGGUCUUCCAGAACGGCAGCUGGCAAAUCCUAGAGCCCAUUAUGCUGGUCGAGGUCACUGCACCCGAGGAAUUCCAGGGUGCUGUAAUGGGUCACUUGAGCAAACGGCAUGGUAUCAUCACCGGAACUGAGGGAACCGAGGGUUGGUUCACUGUCUACGCGGAGGUACCGCUGAACGACAUGUUUGGCUAUGCGGGAGAGCUGAGAUCGAGUACCCAGGGAAAGGGUGAAUUCACCAUGGAGUACUCCAGGUACUCGCCUUGUCUCCCAGAUGUCCAGGAUCAGAUCGUCCGGCAAUACCAGGAGUCGCAAGGAUUGGCCCAACCCGACAAGAAGAAAAAGAAGAACUAGGUUUUAACUUAAUCUAUUUUUAAUUACCAUCUCUAUCAAAUCGAAAUGUUAUUGUGUCACCCCUAUUUUUGCUUAGUUAAAUUUUAUUUCAUACAACAAUUUUCAGUUUUCACUGUGAUAAAUGCGAAGUGUACAGUUAUUUGUAUAAUAAAACAAGAUUCAAC